AUGUCUUCCACAUCCGACGAAGACAGAGCGGUGCAACUUGCCGAGAAGGCAAGUGAGAGCACCAAAUCAGGCGAUUUAACCGUUGCAGCUCGGUACCUGCGUGAAGCUAGUACGAUCGCACCCGAGCAUCCGCAGAUCAAAGAGGCAUGGCUUGCACUGAAAGAAGAAGAGGGAAAGAGCGAACUACUAGGUCACUGUCGAACCUGGGUCCGCAGCAAAGACGAACACGAUGGCGAAAAGGCACUCAAAGCAAUUCGGACCCAUGGCCUGAAGCAGGACGAAGCAGAACAAGCAAUGGCCAUCCUCUUCGACUUCAAAGGCGAAGACGACAUCCUCGACCAGGUCUCAGGCGAACUACUCCAGAACCCCGGGGCCCAGAUGUGGGUCGCCAAAGCCAUCCGCGAGCAGCCGACACGAAUCUACUACGAGAUGUUCGAGCGGGGCGACGACUCCAUCGACGGCUUACUCAAAGUUUGUCUCAACCGGGCGGUCUGGCCCGACGACGAAUCUUUCAAGACAGGGCAUAGAGAUAUCUUCAUGCUCAGUUUGGCAAUGAUGAUGGAGGAGGCGCUUGAGCAUCCUGAGCGUGCGAUGAAGGGGAUCGCGCAGCUGCUUGCUCAUUAUGCGGAGCAUCUUAAGGGCAUUAUUGAUGCGGAUAGUUUCGAUGUUAUCCUCACGUCGCUGGAUAUUCGACUGCCAGCUAGUCUGCGUAGUCAGGCUACUCUUGCGAGUAUCAAGUUGUUUGAGCUUGCGCCUGAGACUGCUAGCGAGUUGAUCUCGAAGUUUGUUACGCACCGGACGAAAAAGGGGGAAGCGAAUGAUCUGGUUAUUGCGUUUUCGGCGGCUGCGGCUAUCUUCCCUGUCGCCGUCACAGCUGCUGCUGCGCUGUUCCUCACAGAUGGCUUUGUUAGUACGUUGGUGUCAAGAGUCCAGAGCAAGAAAUCGCACAACCUUGAGCAGGCUACUCUAGAGUUGAUCAGCGCUGCAUGUGUCGAUAAGAACUGUCGAGAGGCGAUCAGCAAGAACUGCAGAGAGUGGCUGGAGGAUGUUGUCGCAGAAAGCCAGAACAAGAAGCGUGCCAACUUGGCCGCGCUUGUCCUCGUCAAGCUAGGCGAAGAGCAACCGUCAGAGGAUGCACCAAGAAUCGUGAGGGCAGAAAAGGUAGACCAAAGUGAUCUGAUCGCCAGCUUCAAGUCAAUGGUCAUAGGCGGCGACACAUCCUCAAAGCAAGACUCCGUCGAAGGACUCGCCUACGCCUCGCUCCAACCCAAAGUACGAGAAGAUCUCUCCAAGUCGCCAAAGUUCCUCAAACGCCUCAUCGAAACAAUGAGCGACCCUUCAUCACCCAAGAACAUCGUAUUCGGCGGCCUGACAAUUUUCGUCAACAUCACACAAUACCUGCCCCUACAAUCCGAGGAGGAAAAGCGCAUGGCCCAACUCAAAGCCUACGCCAACGUGCAAAAGCCAUCGACCCCCCACGUUCUCCUCAACGACGAAGACGUCGCCAUACGCUGCAAGCGCGUUCUAGACGCCGGCGUCGUCCCCCUCCUCGUACAAGUCUGCAAAAAAGGGUCCCCAUCCAUCCUCACCCAAAGCAGUCUAAUCCUGCUUUCCCUGUCCAAAGACACAAAGUCUCGCGGCACAAUGGCGCAACAAGGCGCGGUGAAGCUGCUCAUCCAAAUCCACGACCACAUAUCCUCCACAAACGACCUCUCAACAACCGGCACCACGCCCUUCCCUCCCGCCGCCCUCCCCACAACAGCGCAAGCCCUCUCCCGGCUCUUGAUAAGCAUAAACCCGUCCCACGCUUUCAACGCUGCACUACCCAGCGCAUCAGCCAUUCGGCCCCUCCUCAGCCAACUCACACGAACAGAGUCUUCAACCUGGCAACUGCACGCCUUUGAAGCGCUGCUCGCACUCACGAACCUCGCUUCUCUGGACCGGAAUACCCAGGACCAUAUCAUCCGCCAGUCGUUCGACACAGUCGUUGAUGAUUUGUUACUGAGUUCCAACACGAUGAUCCGGCGUGCCGCCACAGAACUCCUAUGUAACCUCAUGGCCUCACCGGUUUGCAUCUCUAAUUUCGCGGACGGAUCGCCGCGGGCAAAGCACCGCCUGCAUCUCCUGCUCGCUAUGACGGAUGUUGAUGACGCUGCGACACGAUCAGCAGCUGGAGGCGCGCUGGCAAUGUUGCUGAGUGUGGAUCUUGCGGUGCUGGAGUUUCUCAAGCAGGAUAAGAGCGUGGAGUGGCUUGUGGGGUUGUGCAAGGAUGAGGACGAGGGGAUUAGGUACCGCGGGAUUGUUUGUCUGAGGAGUGUGGUGGAUGUUAAGGAGGGGGUGGAGGUUUGUAAGCAGAGGGGUGUGGUGGAAGAAUUGAAGGGUGUGUUGCAGGGGAGUAGGAGUCAGGAGGUGCUGGGAGUGGGGGUCGAGACUAUGAAGAUAUUGUUGGGGCAGUAG